CUAAGGGCCAAAACUACUCGUCCGACACCUCCUUCCCCAUCUAAAAAAGACCUUCUUGCCCGUCUUCCUCCAAGCUAGGGUUUCCUCUGCUGACCUCCGUCGUGCUUCCGGCCGCUACUUGCAUCUCUCCGCCCUCCAAUCAUUCCACUCCUCUAGCCUAUGAGAUAUGGCGAGCACAGCAUGCUUUGUGAUUGUCAGUAAGAAUGAUAUCCCAAUCUAUGAUGCUGAAGUUGGAUCCGCUCCAAAAAAAGAAGAUCAGGCUUAUCAGCAUCAGUUCAUUUUGCAUGCUGCAUUAGAUGUUGUUCAGGACCUUGCAUGGGCCACAAGUGCAAUGUUUCUGAAGUCAGUAGAUAGAUUCAAUGAUCUUGUGGUGUCUGUUUAUGUAACUGCUGGUCAUACUAGAUUUAUGUUGCUUCAUGACUCACGGAGUGAAGAUUGUAUAAAAAGCUUCUUUCAGGAAGUUCACGAACUUUACAUCAAGAUAUUCCUUAAUCCACUCUACUUACCUGGUUCUCGUAUCACAUCCUCCCAUUUCAACACCAAGGUCAGGGCUCUUGCAAGGAAAUACCUGUAGCAGUGUAGCAUACGCUCAGGUGGAAGACCUUGUGAGCUCCACAUAAGUGAUUUGUUUCGGUGACCCUCUCUUUGAUCUGCCUACUUCCGACUAUUCAAUGGCCAAUAGAUCCCGAAAAUGAGCUAGUACUAUGAUGUACCAAAAUGCUGCUGAAUGGAGAGCUUUCUUUGCUUAUUUCUGAGGUAUUUCCCCUUGGCCUGCUGUAUGUUUAUUGUGCGUGGCAAAUUUAUAGAAAGACCUUGCCCCCUGCCAGCGUUUCAGCUAUAUGUUUAUCUCCUUGCUCCUGUCCUGUGCUGUUGUCUAAGAUACUCGAAUGUCCUGUGAAAUUUACGUUGGACAUCGAUACUGCACCAUUAUAUCUGUAGCCAUGGCAGUGAAAGGAGAUGGUGCCGCAGUAUCAUCACGAGCUGUAUGAAGCAUGGAACCACGCAGCGGCAUUAAUAUUUCAGGACACUGCAACUGACCAGCUGGUAGUAGUACUGUAGCUCCACUAAAAGGACCCCUGCAGAAUCUCCGGAGAAAGGUCUUCGGUCAUCAGAUGAAUUCUAUUCCUAAAUGAAUCUGCAGUUAUCACUUGGGAUUGUACAAGGAAGAGCUGUCACUUGGCUGGAACCUCUUUUUUUUUGGAGAACUUUUUUGUUUCGUGAAGACAAGACUUUGGUUGUGAUCAUUUAACACAAACGGGUGUUAUGUGCCAUGAAAUUUACGUCACCACAUUUGUUUCCGAAA